GGAUCACCUCCGCAUAGGCCGAGUUCACCAGCAGGCAUUGCAUUCCAUACACCCCCAGAAAAAACUCUGACCCACUCCUGCCAACUCUCCUUUCUUCUAUGGGCCACCUCUCCGCCCUGCCGCCACCUGCUGCCUCCGGCCACCGCGCGUACCGGCCUUUCCUCGCGCAGACGAAGAUCGCGCCGUCGCCGGGCGGAGGAGCCGGCGCCGCGCCGGAUGGGCUCCUUUUGUGGCGGGCGGCGGUCGCCAUAGCCGCCAGGAGGUCCAAUUGGGCAGCAUCGGCCGGCACCAUUGUCAAUCCAAUUGACGUCCCUCUCUUAUCUUUCUCUGAGGUUGCAGAGAGGCUUGAGGCAUUCCAAGCAUCUGGUGCUAGGAAACAAAAUUACAUGGCCAUGUACUCCAGUAUUUUUGGUGGAAUUACCACAGAUCCCUCUGCAAUGGUGAUACCGAUUGAUGACCACAUGGUCCAUAGAGGACAUGGUGUUUUUGAUACUGCUGCUAUUAUGGAUGGUCACAUCUAUGAGUUACAACAACACCUGGACCGCUUCCUGAAGUCUGCACAGAUGGCCAAAAUCCAAUUGCCUUUUGAUCGUUCGAGAAUUCAAAGUGUACUCAUUCAAACUGUGUGUGCAUCAAAAUGUACUCAAGGGUCGCUCAGGUACUGGUUGUCUGUUGGACCUGGAGAUUUCCAGUUAUCUUCAUUAGGCUGUACAAACCCAGCUCUUUACGCAAUUGUCAUUGAUAGCCCAUCCUUGCCAGUACCAUCAGGCUGCAAAGUGGUCACAUCAUCCAUACCUAUGAAGUCCCCACAGUUUGCAGUCAUGAAAAACGUGAACUACCUUCCGAAUGCACUCACCAAGGUGGAAGGUGAAGAGAAUGGUGGAUUUACCGGCAUCUGGUUGGACGAUGAGGGUUUUGUUGCUGAGGGUUCCAACAUGAAUGUUGGUUUUGUGACACGAAACAAGGAGCUUAUCUUGCCCCGUUUCGACAACAUACUGAGCGGGUGCACGGCAAAACGGGUUCUGGACCUUGCUGGGCAACUGGUGGAUGAUGGAAGGCUUAGUGGAAUAACUACAAGGAAUGUGAGUGUCCAGGAAGGGAAGGCAGCUGACGAGAUGAUGCUUAUUGGGAGUGGGAUUCUUGUCAAACCUGUUGUUCAGUGGGAUGAACAGAUGGUUGGCUCAGGCAAAGAAGGCCCGAUUGCUCAAGCACUUUUCAACCUCAUUCUUGAGGACAUGCGAUCCGGUCCACCUUCAGUUCGGAUCGCCGUCCCUUACUGAAACCACUUGCAGUUUACAAAUUAUUACACGACUUCACAUGAGCAACAAGACCCCAGAUAUUAGAGAUAUAAACCAGUGAUAAUAUAUGAUGGCAGCGUGCCUUUGAUGUUUGCCAGAAGUCAGAAGUAUAGAACUUGAUUACUUGAAGCCAUUCUUGUGUGUGGACCUUGUGUCUUUUUACUUUGUUAGUCAUAUUUAAUAUGAGCAUAAACUCGAUACUGUAGUUUGCUGCACAGAUACCAGCAUACCAGUGGUUGAAUUGGAGAUUGGCGAA